GCAGUACUUAGUGUCAUGUUGUUUCAGUCGACAAAAAGAAUGAUAAUUUCAGCUUUUAUUCUUCUCAAGUAACGUUAGGUUGAUGGUAAAUCGCAUUGAAUGAACCGGAAGCAAAUACAACUGACUUGCAGCCAAAACAAAUAAUCCUUAACGUGAAAUGUGAUGCCUAAUUAUUGAAUAGAUUUUUGGAAUGCAAAGUAAUAUUAUGAAACGGCUCUUUUUUUCAUGACAAGUAGCGUUUUUUUGAUGAAAAACCUUUUUCCUUGGGAACAUACCUUACGAUACAGCCUCACCUUUCCAAACCCCAUCCCUCAGCCAUUUUUCAACAAUGCAUACCUGCUUUUCUGUUCGUCCAAUGAGGAUUUCUCUCCAUUAAUUCAUGCAAUGCAAUAAAUCGUCCAGCGAGAAUUUUCCCCUUGAUCUCAUCAUUGUCAAAAUAUUCGUCACUGUAUCACUUAAAGUAUUAGCUACCGAGUUCAUCCUCAGAAGGAUAAGCCAAAAGGUUUCUUCAAAAAAUCUAUGCGCUCAAUAUUUUAUGAAUUCCUUUUCUUGAUUUUCGUUUUUUCUUCUUCUAUUUCUUCUUCCCUUUGGUGGUAACUAACAGCUUUGCUAAAAGUUGCCAAAUCAACCGCACAAGAAUGCUGAAAAAAAUCCUCCGAAUAGAUAUUUCAGCGACAACCCAGUCCCUAUAAGACAUGCAAAAUAAAGGAUCGCAAAGCAAAACCAAUAAAGUCAUCAUUUUUAAAACGACCUCUUUUCAUUUUACUUGCCGAACUUUCUUUGUCACUCCUGAUCGUUACCUGUAGAUCUGCUGGUCAUAAGGAUACAUAAGAAUAAAACAAAUUUUCAGUUCGGUUAACAAAAACAGAUUUCAAACCUGAAGACCAUACUGGACGUCAGAGAAAACUUUUUCUUUAAACUUUUUAUAAGAUGGUCAAAUUUGCUUUGAAUUUUCAGGCUGAACUCGCCGGCGUGUCUAGCCUUAGCCCAAAGGACGAACAGGCCUUCUAUUACAUGUUUGAAGUUGAAUGUGGUUCUUGCCAUGAAGUCCACGAGAACCCUAUCGGCAUCUGUCGAUCUGAAAUCCACGACAUUCCCGGAAGCAAGGGAGAAGCCAACUUGAUUUGGACUUGUAAAAACUGCAAGAGAACGAGUACGAUAUCCAUUGCCAGCCGAUUUCUUCCUUAUACAAAUUCUCAAAGUCAACAACGUGUUUUAGAGUUAGAAUGCCGAGGCUGCGAACUCGUCAAAUUCGUUCCCGAAGGCGAAUGGGUCGUCAAAGGAGAAGAGAGUGGUACGAUAUUUGCCGAGGUAGAAUUAGAAGACGACUGGUAUGAUUACGAUGAAAAAGCUGGAGCCGAGGUUUCCAUUUCUGAUAUGCAAUGGACCAUCUCGAAAGCUUAACGUUGAGCAUCUUUGUUACUGCAUGAAUGAAUCAAUGAACAUAGAAGUAAUAAAUACCAUUUGUAAACAUUAUAUUUUCU